AUGUUCGGUCUACCAUGGAUCCAUGGUGCCUUACCCCAUUCCCCGAUGCACGUUCGGGCGCUGGCCGAUAUGGAGGAGAGGAUAGAUAUUGGUCAUCACGUACAACAGACGUAAGUCUUCCCUUGUUGCGACUAAGCAGUGUGGGCUUGUACAGCAUGUGAGCUACAAUUUUCAGGUCAAAUCCCAAGUGGUAAGGCGAAGACAGCGUUUACAAGAAUGAGGGGUUUAUCGUAUACAGAAUUCAGGGUUGUCCUCUCAGGCGGCAGUUGCCACUGGCGAAGCCAUGGUUGGUGUUGACUGCGUCCAGUCAUUCCCUUAGAGUCAUUGGGACAGUCGUGGCAGCCGCAUUUGUAGGCUCGUGGGUCAAGCUCAACUGGUCUCCAAUUGGUGUGCGUUGCAUUUCCCGAGGGGUGGUGUCCCAGUGGCUUGUUUUGCUGGUUGCAGGGGGGGGGGCGCGUUCAAGUGGCCACAUGGGCAGCUGCGGCUGUGCGGACGCAGGUAUGCCCGAGCUGUCGGUCGUGUGACUUCAGGUCAGCGCGUCUGGAACGGCUCACUGCAAAGGGGUGAAUGAUUUCGAGGCAGCGAGGUUUUGAACAAGGACGCCAGACUGGUCAUGAUGGCUGCCCGGUAGACCCUCAUUCCUUUUAUUCCUCUUAACGUGCGUUCUCCUUCGAACAGUUCUAAACAGCCACCUGACAGGAUUUUAGACGUCGAGCUGCGUGUGUUCGAUAUUGCAAGGAAAUCGGCCACUGACAGUUCCAUAACGCUAACUGCGAUUGUCGAUAGUGGUGACCCAUAGUCUAGUGGUUGAGCAUUAAAUUUGACGUUCGAUAAACAAACAACUCAGGCCAGAACUUCGAAGCAUUUGGACGUGAUGUUGGAGUCUAGUCACCUCGUUCUUCCUUGUCUGUUUUGCGAUUUCGUCGGAAUUUAUGUCUGGUCGCUAUGCGACAGUCUGCGACGGAUCUAGAUUGAGUUCAAUGACACUAUUGGAUUAGCAUAUUUCACAGUAUAGCAUGAUAGAUGAACACCCUUCUCUCUCUCAUUUAUACAUAUGUACUAAAGAAGAUGGUAAGGCGAGCUCUGGGAUUGAUUAUUUAUUCGUUUGACGUUUCAAACUCAUACUCGAACGCAUCCUAUAUAUAUAUAUAUAGUUACAUCUGAUGUUUUGUAGAGUGAUACGUGUCCGUGAGACACGGGUAACCUCCAUUGUUUCCCACAUCGGUAUUGGACUAUCCAUUUUCUUACUUCCCCGGCCACUCACCUAUAUACCUCGGCCAGUGCUCAAUGGACUAUUUGUCUACAUGGCGAUUACUUCCAUACGCGACAACCAGCUCUGGGAGCGAUUCCAACUCCUCUUUAUCGAACAGGUAAGUCAGACACAUAUUGUUUCAUACUAUGCCGUCCAUAUAUUCAGUAUUUAGAAGUCUACGCUUGCAUUAAACGGUUUUUUAAAUCUGUUUAAACAGUUCCGUUGGAAGUUGGCAAUUUAGGUAUAUACAUGGAUAACGUGAUCGCCUGAAGAUGGCUUUCCUGUUUUUCUGUUUCAUGUAUGCAUGAAAGCUAACCAGUCUACCAAUCUGCAAAGCAACAUAACUGUUUAUAUCCACGAGCAAAAUAGUUGCUUUUCCAUAUUUAUGUAUAUAGGCAGACUAACAUUACCGAAAAAGAUAUGGGUGGCUGGAAUGGCCAUUUCUGACUUACUGGCCGUCCCCAGCCAGUCAUACCCAACUGAGAGGUGUGGAACACCUGGGGAAUAAACUCGCGACCUCUUAGUUAGAAGUCCAACUCCUAUAACCACUGAGCCACGGGCUCGUAGUUCUGUCGGUUUCGAUCGGGAAUAUAAAAUUGCGAAGGGGUGCUCACUGAUCGUUCUUACGGAACCCACUCGCUCCUUCGUGCCUAACGGGCCCACUCCAGAGCCUAACGAGCAGCCGCACAGCGCCCCUUCACCAUUUUAUGUACAUAUAUGGCCAAUGCAUUGGAUCGUACUUCAGACAUAGGUACUAACUAAUAGCUCAGACACGUGUUUUGCCGAAAUCUUGCCACCGAGUGACACAUCUGCGAGGGUUUCGGCUUCCCUGUGGGUCCUCCAACGUUUUCUAUGCGGUUUCUGGUGUAUAUAUACUACAUAUGUAAAUUAUGGUAGAAAGUGGUAACCGGUUACGCUACGGGACCUGCUUGCCUCGUCGCACUUUGGAGUUCGACUUAGAGCGCCGCUGACAGUUGCACGGCAACUAGAAAUAUAGGCAAAAGGAAAUUACCGACAAAAACAUUGGCGGCCGGAACGACCGUUUCUGACUUGCCGGUCAUUAUCAGUCGGCCACACCCAACCGCGGACUUUGAGCGCCCUUCUGACUGCUAUUACAACGCUCUAAACACUGAGCCACUUCUACCACUUAUAUUUCUAGGUGCCGCGCGACUACCUGCGUAGCUCUGGAUCGAACUCCAAAGCACAACAGUGCUACCAGCUCCGAUAAAACGAUCGGUGAGGGGUCUCCACUAAAGUUAACAUGCCCAAUCGCGACCGGCCAGUGAACGAGCUCGCUACUUGCUGGUUAGAGCGUUAGAAGAAUAACCAAGAGAGCGCCCUUAGGCAUGCUUCAAAUAUGCCAAUCGACUAACUUCCCAAAGAACUCUAAAAAUCAUUACUUGCGCCCGUUUGGAUUGGCUGCCUUCUCUUAAAAAUUUUCCGUGGGCAUUUUGCAUACAACCUCCAACUCAACAUGCCGACUGUUUCAUGCGCUAUCAGGAUAUAGAACUUUAAGGUAUUUGCCAUCUUUCUUAGAUGACCAGACGCCAACGAUGCUAUUCUUGCCCCAGCCAAGGAUAUGCACGGCCUCUCGGGUGCUUGUCGCUCUAUUCCUAAUUUAUGCUUAUGACAAUAAUAACAAGGCCGACAAUCCGCAGAAUAGAAGCCCGAUUGAGCUGCUUUAUCUGCUUCGGGAAUGUUGGCGUUAAAAAUGAAAUAGAUUACCCGAAAAAGAAACCGAAAAUCGUAUGAGGCACCUAAUUAUGUUCGACUGGAUUCUAGAACAGGACACUCGCAACAAAUUCGUUGGACAACAUUUGGACAGCAACGCUGCCCCCAAAGGAAUCAGUGCUUCUUCCGUCCGAAUUAUAAAACUUCGGAGGUACAACGGGGACUGGAGAUUUAGGAAAUUGAUUAACUUUCCAGUGAUUCAACACGCGGAGGCUGUAACUACAUCGUCGUUUGACCCAUUUCUGGAGUUAAUUGUUCACUGGCUAGGAGAAGUCUGCCUAACUUGUGUCUCACAGAAGUUUCAAUAUCUAAAAUUAUAGUCUUAAAGGUAGCCGGUUUUUCCUGACUUUAAUAGUAAAUCUGGGCAAUUAAAAUCGAUAUUGUAAAAUUCCCGGUAGAUUUCAAUUAGCCCAGCACUUUGACAUCCCUAGAGUGACAGCUGCAGAGCGCGGCCGAGCCUGCACCUCGGCGAUCCACUCCACAACCCCUUGUUCACAGAACACUUCACCAGCGCCAAGACCAGUCAGGAAGAUAAUAGGGCGUAUUAUUUGAUAGCGGACUUUUUCAGGAAAUUCUACGAUCCUGGUAAGGUAUGCGGACCAGAUCGAUGGGCAUUACUCUAGCUGUGACAAAACGCUUCCUACAAAAGAGAAUGAAAACCCUGCACGGUGAGAGCCUGUGAUCGUCUUCGGUGGAUGCAUAAGCCCUUGCCCGUCCUUAUUGCCGUCCGCGGAAAUUGUUUGCUGAUGCUGAAAUCCCGAGGUCGACAGCAGGGACGGCGUUGGGAAGCACUUAUUCGUUGGAAGCCGUACAUAGUUUGAGUGAUGGUCUGGCGUGUAUCCACUAAAUACGGAAAUGUAUUUACGUGCAUUUACGGCGUAAUCACAGCCAUGUAUCCAGGAAGGUAUUUUGGUGAGACCUUAUUUCGUGGUCGCACCUGUUAGGAGUUAGGGUUAAGGUUCGGGGCUAGGCGUUAUGCGUUAGAGUUUGGAUUAGGGGCUAGAUUUAGGGAUUAGGGUUAGGGGUUGGGUUUGAGGAUUAGUGUUGAACCCCCUAUUAUCACCGGUCCCAUAUGACAGGCGGCUGGUGCUUGUUUACUCCAGGCGCGACUGCGAAAUAAGAUCCGACUGUUAUUUAUCUGGCGUCAUCCAAAUUGGGCGAAUGUUUGUUUUUUCCCGAACAACGAGCAUAAUUUCAUUCGCCAGAGGGAGGAAAUUGUUUUGAUUAUUUUAUCUACGUCGUUUAUGCAGGGCAGCAUUAUUCGCCGUCUUCAGGCAUACCAUUGUGGGAAGUCAUUUUGAUUGGACAUUUCAGAAAUAUAGGUUUAUUCCCGAGAAAGCGAUUUUGUCAAGUCCAGGAAAAAUGGCAUCUAAAUUUCGCGGUUGCCGGGCCUCCUGUUAUAUAGGCUCAAGAGAUUAUUGAGCCAUUACUACUCUUGGCAAAUUUAUGUUGAAUGGGAGUUAAGGCAUUUCCAUAGUCCAUAAAAAAACAGAUAAGACCACGUAAGACGCAUUUUAUUGUUUUUCACAGGACAGUUUGAUCGUCGUGGUCAAAGAUAUUCACCGUGUUCACCAAAGCAAGGGGAAGCAGGCACGGUGACUAGCGCGUAAAUUAGUUUAUAGGGAAUGUAGACUUGCGCUGGAUCUACCAUACUCUACCCCUCCCCCACCUGGACCCGGUGUCAAGAAGACCGGGGACGGAAGAUGAAUGAGGUGGUUAGCGCGACUUAGCCUGCACCUAGACGUGCCGCUCCACAUCCUCUGGCCCACAACACACAUUUGCCCAGGAUUUUAGCCAACAACAGCAAAACCACAACGGGUCAGAAAGACGAGAAUGACUGCACAACCUUGCCCACGACCUGUUUACCCGACGGGAGCGCAACCACAUCUACCAGCAUUUGCAUCCCUCCACAACAUCACGAACGUUCGACCGUCUUGUUCGACGAUGUCAAAUGUGUGCCCCACAACAGGAAGUGGGAGCAGGGACGGUGACUUGCGCAGGGGUUUAAAGUGCCGGCAGACUUGCGCUGUAUUUACCUACACUCUCUCCUCCUCCCUCGCCUAAGCCCAGUGUCAAGACAGAGUCAAGAAGACCGGAGAUGAGGGAGGCCGCAGGUGGAUGGCUUGGACGGGUUCGCGCCUUGGCGCUCCACUCCGCACCACCUGGUCCGCACAGCAAAUGACCAGGAUUUUGGAGGUCGUGGCAGUGGUCCCAGUUUGUGCGACGACUGCCCACAACAGGGCCUGUCAGCGCACCCCCUAGAUGUUGACAUUUGUUACUGCGAAAAGAUAACGGCUGCCAGAAUCCGAUGUGGGCCCCGUGUUGGUCCAGCGCAUCUAACACGUGGCCCGUUUGGGGGGCACACAACAACACCACAAACACACCAACACAUACCUCUUCAGGAGAGUCAGAUAAUGACUGAGACCGGGCUAUUCCUGCCGUGGUGUGGCGUUACUGCCUGUGGUGCCCAAAGCCAGCGUUGAGACGGUAACGCCAUAAGGAACGUACUGAAGGCUUUUGGAGCGCAGAGCAGGAUGUCUGAUAGAGGGCCGUUUUGUGCGUAGAAGCGAAAAACACUCACUACUACGCCUGCAGUUGAAUCGGUUGUCUUUUCCAUGCCCGGGACCAUGACAGAAUCAGGGGAGGUAGCGCGCCCUCCGCUUCCCGAAAAAACAAAAACUGAAGGCAGAUUAUUCCGUCAGUUCACCGGCGGCCUUCAUGUCUUCCCUACUUUAGUGCAAGAAUAGGCCUUUUUUCGCUGUUUUUUUCACAUGUAGAUUGUAGGGAGGCGCUUUUGAUAAGCCGAUUUUUCUAAUGGGUGCGGCUCAGUAAUUAUUAGACCGCAGAUAAUGUUCCUUGCUUUUUACUUACGUGGAGCAUUUUCUAGGGUCACAUGUCCUCAAACAUUAUGCUAAAGAUUACCUCCAUCAUGAAUAGGACGUUUAAUUCUGAGUCCAACUUACGGGCGAUAGGGAAGACGUUCUCGACAAAUUUCCAAGUCUGACAAGCGAAGCCGUGAGUACUCAGUAGGCGGAGCGAACCCUGCAAGUCUGAAGGUCGGCGAUGAGAAUCCGUUUCGCAACAACACCCUUUCGACUGCACUUGCACUCCUCACUCCAUUCAGCCUUCCGUAUCAACUGUUUCUAGUUUUUUUACUGUAGGAAUAAUGCUACUCGGUAAGGAAGAUGAGGCUUGAACGAAUGCGAGCUAGAUCCACUCAUUUGCCGUUAGGUGUCCGUGAAGUGUGGUCGCAUCGCUGAGUCAGACCUAAGCCCGGAUGCUUAUUUUGCAUUUGACAGUUUGUCCGAAUUUCAUGUGGUCCGGUUGAUAGCACCUAACCCGCAUGCAUGAACACCACACUGUGUUAAGUUUGUUAACUGUCCUGUAGCCAAAAGGACGAACGAAGUCAAUGCUGCACAACUUAUCCCGCGCCUUUGCCGAGUGUGGUGACCGAACUAUAGUAGCUGACGUAUCUCGUUAAAUAUAGAAUGAGAUUCUGAAAUAUCCUCUCGGUUAGAAAGAAUUACUUGGGUGGGAUUGCAGUACUGAUUAUCAUACAGCAUGGUCCAAAUAUAUUCAAAGUACACCAGAGUUCAGGCCUUUUAUCGCGCGUCUUUCUGGGUGUCGGCAUAAAGCACGCUCGAUAAAAUGUCUAAUUAAGCGGUAUUACGUUUUCCCCCUGAUUUUCGACGCUUUUAUGAAUCCAAAUAUAUUUUAUGCUGAGCGUGAACCUCAAUAUUCUUUGUACACAUUUUUUCGAGCAAAGUGACUUAUGUAACUACAGUAGUUGACAUAUAUCAUGAAAUUUAAAAUGACAUUCAGCAAUAUUCUGUCGAUUAGAAGGGAUUUUUUGAGUAGCAUUGCAAUACUAAUUAUCUCGCCCCAUGGUCCAAAAUAUUUAAAUCACGCCGGGGUUCAGACCCUUAAUCAAACGUCUUUGUGGCAACCUGCACAUACGAACAAAUGCCUUAUAGGUGAUAUUACGCUGUUCCUUUAAUGUUCAGUGCUUUUAUCAAUCCAAACACACUUUAUAGAGACCGUAAACAAAAAUGUCUUUUUGUACUGAUUUUUUAAUAAACGAAGAAUUCACAUUUUAGUCCAGAGGAGGUUUGUAGACUUGGGAUUCUUAUAACUAUAAAAUCAAAUUUGGAAUAGGUUUGGAUGAUAUCAAGAUUUACCGUUUCCUGCGUGGUAUGUCAAUUGGGACCUUCCGCAUAUCUAAACCAUUCUUAAAUUCCAACUGUCAUUAGUGAUUUACAACAAGGUCAGCUAAAUAUGUCCUUAAACAUUGACAGUAGUGCGGUCCUUAAAGCUUCCGGUGAUUUUUGGCUAAAGACUGCCCCAGUAAUCCCACUUAAAUGGCAGUAUCCUGUCGUUUUAACCGUCAGAGGUCGCUUUGGGCAGUUACCAGGGCAGGUUUAGAGUACUCUCAACUGCAGAGGACUUACUUCGCUUUUGAUUGACUGUCUGUAUUUUUUUGCUCCAACUCUCAGCGUCCGUACAUAAUUAUCAGUGACAGUAAUCAAGACAUCGGACAGGAGAAGAAAUGAGAAUUUGUCUAAUGUACCAGGAACAAGCUGGAGAGUAAAGACAGCAGUCUUUAUAGAUAUGCUUAUGAAAUAAGCAUACACAGUAGGCAGGCUAACUCAUGAAUUGUCAACCGAAAUUCCGAAACGCGUUUUCGUUUCGAAAAGAUUAAUUUAAUAGGGUUUCAAAAAAAGUCAGCCGGCAACAUAAUUCUAUAAUAUUUCAGUUACCACCGGAUUCUGGCUUUCGAAUGAACUCUCUUCCGGCUGCGUGCAGAAAAUACACUCUGCAAAAAAUGACUACAUAAAUAGCAUGAAUUUCUCUCCCAAAUAUCCGAUUAUAUUUCAUGGAAAACAUGCAUACAAAUAUUCAUUCUUUUGCUCAUGCGGUAGAUAAUUACUUCUUCUAUUAAUUUUAUGCUCAAAGGAGGAACAUAGUUUCGUUUUAAAAAGGUUUUCCAAUUCCCAAAUAAUUUUAAACCCGCUCUAUCGUUGCACGUAGAUUCAGGGUUUCCAAACUACGAGCUGUCUAUUUUUCGCCUACGGAAAACCAAACAUUUCUCUACGAUAAUAGAGGGGACCAUAUAGGUUCAUAAAAUUAAGCAGUUGACUUGAUCCAUAUUGUUAACUUUACAAGCCACAUUGGUAAGUGCUCAGAUGUGGCAAUUUAUGAACGGCCACUCCACGGUAUUUAAAAGACCUACGAUUAGAACCGCUUUUUAAAAUCGACUUCUAUCCUUUUUUGAGUAUAAAAUUAGGCGACGUAAUUAGCCACCGAAUGAGCGAAAGAGCGAUUUUUUAUGCAUGUUUUCCAUGGAAUAUAAUUCGGCAUUUUGAGGCUACGCUAAAAUUCAUGCUACUUAAGUAGUCAUUUUUAUAGAGUGUAUUUUUUGCAUGCUGCCGAAACGAAGUUCAAUCGAGAGCCGGCAUCCUGAGGUAACUAAUAUAUUAUAUAAUUAUGCUACAUUAUGAUUAGUUUCACAACCCUAUUAAGUUAAUCUUUCCGAAACGAAAACUCUUUUCGGAAUUUUGGCUGUCAUUUCAUUAGUUAGCCCACCUACUGUAGAAAAUUCUUGGAACGAAUUUAUAAUAAAUUUAAAAGAAAAAUAGGAGGAACAGCUUUCUGCACUCGUUUCCAGAGUUUGUUUCUGUUGUCUUUCAUGUAAAUGAUAAUGAUUUUGUUGCUGACUCUUAGGUCAGAAAGUAGGUUUCCAUGUGGCGUUGGAGCGAAACGGUGAUUUAGGAGUAACAUGAGCAGGAUAAAUGUUUUGUGACACGUCAGCCAGCGCGAAUUAUGAAAUCUUCCGCGAGGUUGGGUUCUGCAACCCCACCUGAUUGAUACCGUGUGGUUAGCUUACUAAAACAAUAUUAGUUAGCACACCUAACUUUGCCACCCUCUUGAUUAUGAAGGGAAAGCGGGCGCAUGCAGAGCUCAAAGCACACGCAGCGAAUCGAGUGAAGUUGGCGUGUAAACACUCUCCCUCCCCCCCCAGACACAGUCCCUCGCUGGAUGUGGAGGAUAAGGUGGGCGUAAUCACAACUGGGAAGGCCCACGGAGGGUAUCGCGUUUUAAUUCGCAGUGCAUGGCUACUGAAGUGGAACAGAAGGAUUUCCAUAGCGUCGGAACAAUUCCAUUAGCAAAUCUUCUUGGCUAAUCAUCGGAUUAGGAUAAUAAAGAGAACGCAAACAGGGCUAGAAACACGCGCAGGGAAGCAAGUGCGAACUGAUACCCGAAGUAGCUGAGGCUGGCGUAUGAACACGCCUCCCCCGUGGCACAGUCAAUCGUUGGAUUAAAAUGGCGGGGAAGAUGAAAAUACGUGAUGUGUGUAAGGUCAGAUUACCCACAUUAACCAAUUUUUUUUUUAUAAAUCUUACUAUAUGGUAUCACUCAGGUGGGGCUGCAGGACCAAACUUUGCCGAAAAAUGUUUGCCCUUUUUUUCGGGCUUAUAACUGAUACAAUUUGGGAGAGGAGGACCGAGUGAAGGCGGGCCUAAAGUGAUUUCCCCACGUCCUUCAUCUCCCAGGUCACGCGGAAUCCGCUGCGGCGAACGAGCAUCUCGUACGUAUAAAGAUCGGCGUGUCUGCGGUCCGCGUAGAAGUGGGCCCAGUCGUGCCAGUCGCUGUACUCACAUCCACUCCCAUUCCUGUCGACACCGUCUUGUCGUUGACAACUAAUGCGUGCAGGAGGAUAUAAUGGCCUAGAAGCUCGCCAACUCGCCACAGUCUGUCGUGGUAAUUGACUGCGGCGAUCAGUAGGAGGUGGAUGAAGAAGAUUAUAAUGAUGAUGAUGAUGGUGGUGGUGGUGAUGAUGAUGAUGAUGAUGAUGAUGAUGAUGAUGAUGAUGAUGAUGAUGAUGAUGAUGAUGAUGAUGAUGAUGAUGAUGAUGAUGAUGAUGAUGAUGAUGAUGAUGAUGAUGAUGAUGAUGAUGAUGAUGAUGAUGAUGAUGAUUAUGAUGAUGAUGAUGAUUGUAGUGGUGAUGAGGGAUGAGGUGGAAGAUGAAGGAAGGAAGAAGAUGACGUUCCUGAAUCAGCGAUUUGGCCGUUCUAGAGUUAAGAGUAGGAUACUGCCUACCACGGAUUGCAGAAAUGUCAGCCGCUGAAGGUCGCCAACCGCUCUACCGCCUCCUUAAACAGAGUGCCAAGUAAAAGGGACUACUUAAAUGAGGCUGCAACACUGAUGCGAUGGGAGUAUCAUAUUGACUUAUAUCAGAAUCUGUGGUAUACAGUCUUCCAGUCUACUGCAAUUCAAGGUAUUUUUGCCCCCGGUUACCCAUAUUUUCGUAAAUAUGGCGCAUUUUUGCAAAACUAAUUUAGACAAAAAACGUUUGCAUCUGGUUCCGUGCAAAUAUUUAGGCCUCUAAAGCCUCGUGGUUUCAUUUUAUAAUCGUCUGGGACGGUUUCGUCAAUGAAUAUAUACCUAGGUUAAACGCGAUUUAUUUCAAUGUAUAGAUGCUUCUGAGUUCUUUAUUUCGUAACAGGAUGAGGAGAAAUGUUAAGAUGUACCGUUAAGCUAUAGGAUCAUCCAAAUUCUGGUUUCGUCCAAGAAAACUGAAAGUCCUAUGCGAUGACAAGGGCAUUCUGAUUGCAGCACCUAACACGGAUAAUCCUGUUUCGAUCUAGAACUCCACUCCAUAACCGGAGAACGCAGACAUGAACAAAACCAAAGAUAUGGCACUCUCUACAGUACAUGAAUGACUUUUCAGAAGCAACCAAGCGCACUGCUGCUAAAUUAGGUUUUUAAAAUUGCACACUGACUUAAAACCACUUUGCGCAGAAAAAUCAUGAAAAUUAAUGAUGUAUCUCGAGUUUAACUUCGUAGUCAUCAUGAUAAUCGCCCGCGCCGGAAACGAGGCAAGCCGAGGGUUGAUUGAAACGUUGGCCCGAGAAGAUAACUCCGUCGAUCGAUCUAUUGAUCUGCCGUCGGCGUACAGGGCCGUACGCAGUCACUUCCAACCCUGAGUCAUUGAUCGAUGAUUGGCUUGUACCUCCUGUAAUUGCAAUCGUUCUCUGGCGCUGAACUCCUGCACGAGUUGGAAAGCUGUGAAAAAUAUGCAAUUUUUUUCCCCGGUGCCCGACCAGUUCUCUUUACGUGUACAUACACUCGGGACUCGAACUUUCGUCUCCAUAUGGAUACUUCCGUUUUGGCCCAGAACCCUCCCAGGCGGACACAUAGCCAACUGACAACUGAUGACUAUAAUUAACCUAGAAAUAGCAAUUCUUGUCCUCCUUAUUUUGUGAGAAAAUUGUCUUUACAUGACGGUGGACCAGGUUUCGAAGACACUUUAUUACAAAAUUAAGCUAGCUUUCACUUUCAGAUAUAAAAUCUGACGAAAACACGAUUUCCCCUAAGAUGGCAGUUAACGAAAAGGGGCAGACUAGUCUUUUCUAAGCAACCGGUUUGAUCUUCAUAAGUACUGAAUAAAAAUGGAGAAUUCUAUGCGACUGAGACAGUUAGAGUUGGUCCGCAUGGUUCUCGGCCGCAGUGUUUAAAGUUAACUAGACCCCUUAUCGAUGGCAUUUUAAGUGAUUUUGUUGGAUUUCACCUGAAUUUUGGCGCCCACCCUAAGGCGACAACGAGUUCCCCGACGACAGCCCAUAAAAGGAUUUCUAAGCCUCUUUUCCGACAGCCCUGUUGAUGGGCAGUGCAUCAGCGUGAAAAUCGUUCAACCCCUUGAGAUCAAUUCGUUUUAUUCUUACGAUUGUUUAGGCCUCAGAUUAUCUGUCCACUUUUCCGUCUUCUCUCCUGCUUCCAGUCGGCCUAUCCCCCAUCCCAUUACCUUCGACGGGUGCCACAACGUCGGAUACACCUCUUCACUGCACUCCAGUUGUUGCAAUUGGGUAUCCUCUGCGGCUGUGGAUUCGCGGAGAUCCCCUUCGUCAAGAUUGGUUUCCCUAUCCUCCUCUUUCUCCAACUCCUCGUCAGGUAGGCCUGAGUAGUGACUUCAAUGUCUGCCUUUAAAAUAAAAUCUGGUUAGAUGGUAGUUGGUAGCCCUCCCGGUACCGCACAAUCCCAGCUACCUGACUUACGGGACCGGUGCUAAUAGGGGCUGUACAGGUGGGGCAACUGAGUGGAGGCGUAAAUGGCGCUUGUAGGGAAUGCCUGGAAUUGACGAUCCUGAUAAAGUAGAAACCUAAUUUUAAUAAGGUGAAAAAUGCGAGGAAGGUGAACACUUCGGGUCUGACUGACGUAUGAGACGCCUUACUGAUGUAAUCUAAACCCAAGAGGUAGUAAGUGCGGGAUGUGGUAGGUGAAUUGCACCCAGUUCAAAACCCGCAAUUUCGAAGGCCCGGGGGUGCCGUAGUGCCUUUAACUGGAAGUGCAGGAAAGGAUCGCUAACUGGCCAUGGCGGUGUUUACAAGGCGUUACAGUUUUCAGCCAAAACCCUGCGACCAAAUACAACCGGGCUGUUCGUAAAGGCGGGGGGUGGAGGGCAACACUCUGUCCAUAUGACUGAUGUAGUGGAUGGAGUAUCGGUAGACACCCUAACUGAGCGUCGGUUGUCCUUUCGUACACGAUCGCACCGGACUCUACUGGAGGUCUGAAGUAAAAAGACCCAAGGAUGCAGGCAAACCGACGAAACGGAGACCCGCGCCAAUCCGCCUAGGAUAGUACCUAUGCAAUUAAUCUGAUGCAGGUAAUGCUGUGCGCACAUGCAAUUAGAAGCAUAAUGGGAAGCAUGAUGAAUCAUAAUCCGUUUAGGAUAAAUCUUUCGCCUUUUACUAAAGAUUUCCGUGUGGGGGUGCAAUACAAUGAGUCUAUAUAGACAGUCUUGCAGCGCCUCGUUCUCGGGGCGGUUAAAGUGAAGAAGAAAGUCAUCCUGACAGGGCCUCUGUGCGUGCACCCCCCAGACAUAUUGAGAACGUUAUCACAGAUACUGAAAUCGAGCCAGUAGGUACAAUUGUAGACUCAGUUGGCAGGGCUACCAACUACCAUCCUGCCCAAAAUCUAACCUGGAAUCCCAGUCAUUCCCGGAUACGAGGGGCUAUGCCCCAUCAGUAGACUCAAGUUUGCCUCAAGGUAUGCUUGGCCGACAGUGUUAAAACGAAACAAAGUAAUCUCAAAAUGGAGGCUCUGUUUCCUUAUAUGUUCAAAUAUUUUUAUUUCAAAUUGGACAUGAAGGUUGUUUUGCUCUUGUUGAUUCUAACGCACUCCGCAAGGAUUAAACACUACUUUUGGUCAUUACCUUGGUCUGUUUAUUUAGCAUUUCCUUCUAAAUAUGCUGAAGUGGGCGUCUCAGGUCGAGCAACCGAGACACCAGACAAAAUCGCUAGGAUGCUUCUAUUUACUGUUUGACUUUUCGGUCAAUUGGAUACACUGUGACGUGCAGAAUGUCUUAGUUCUCAUCGAAGCGUUUUUCCUGCGGCGAGAUACCGAACCUUUUGAUGACUUGCGAGAAGUCAUUUACCUACCCGUUACUGUUUCAAUAAUAAUAGCUUUAUUGCGCUGACUUUUAGUGGCACCCAAAUUUUUAUGGGCCACUUGCACAGGAGGUGGCGAUGGUAGCUUCCGGACGCCAGUUGGUGACUGCACGACCGCAUCCCACGCUUCUUGUCUGAACAUGAGCGUUUGUAGGUAGAAAGUUCUUGAGGAUGCCGCACUGGUUCUGUGACUAUAUUUCCUGAUAUCCGCUUACUCUCUCAGGUUGAUUCAUAAUGCCUGGUAGUAAGGUGGGCGGUCGGUAUGCCGACUAAACUAUUCGAAAUUUUAAGACGAGGCCUCAGACGUGGACUAUUAAAUUUGGGUGUUAAUAACACUGUAAUAGGGUCCUGGUUUCCUUGGGGAGCAAACCUGAGGUGACACUACAGUUUUGGACGUGAGCUACGGACUGCACCGAACUGGAUAAUAAUUCAAGGUCGUCCGCUGAUUGGUUUACAAGUGGGCCAUAGCGGACCCCAACAGAAAGCAGUCCCCACGGUCAUUUGUACAUUGGGAUGGGAUUUCGCAGUUUUGCCAACAAUGCAAUUGACUACUUGGCGUUCCAGUCAAGUCCCACUUUCUGAACUGGCUAGCCAGAGAGUUGUCUUCAAACUUAGACAGCCAAUACAAAUAUAUGCAACCAUAGCCAGCAGGUUCUGCACAACACGAAUAGCUUUAUCCGCUUUAAGCUUGAAGCCGAUUAUGACGAAGAAGAAAUUUUCCUUUCUAACGUACUUGCUGUCAGUCAUGAAACAUCUGCUAUGCAAUUUAGUCCGCUCGAAGCAGACUACAAUUCAUGGCUUUGUAAGUUACGUAUCGAUUCGUACUCAUUGAUACUGUAGUUCGCUUACCUGGUGACCAUUUCUGUCUCCAAAUUAAUGGACACUCCUUGCGACUGGCGCCUGUUGCAAGGCUGCAUUUUAAGAAAGACUAUUAACAGCGUAGCAGCAUCGUUCGCAUAAGCUCAACGGUGGUAUCCGCCCGCAAACGCAGUGUUUUGCAUUGAGUGGUGACUGAAGGUCACAGGGGGACGUCGCUUCCUCCCGCUUUGGCGCGAUUACUGUAGACCAUUUGGACGUUAAGGUUUUCUUUAGAGGCUCAGCCAGGGUCUAUUUGUAUAAUGUUGCAUCGUGCCUAAAAGUUAACUGAUUUUAAGAGGAAACAAAUCGUGGUUGAAUCGAUCCACUUUUAGGUUAUUUGACAUUUUCACGCAUGCCAAAAUCCCAAAGGCUGAAAAUUCUGCCUCUUCCUGAUAUGGUAGCAUUAAUUGGAUUGAAGAUUUUCUAGUGAUUCAAUGCUCUUGCAGUUUUUGUUUUGUACUUGGCUAUUCCUCAGUAGGUAGAAAUCAAAAGUUGGAAAAUAGAAAAAGACUUUCUAAUAUACCAGAACACUAGUUUUGUGCCUCUGUUAAUUCUCAAUGACGUUAACCAUUUGGUGUCUUGAUUUUCGUCAACCAUUAAAAAAACAGGCUGUUUUGUUUUUACGCCUUCUUCCGUACCUUUUUCUUCCCUUUUAGACACAAGUUGAUCCCUUGUGUAAUUGACAAAAAGUAUCUGGAGGCAAUGGAUAGGCCGAUAUAA